CGGGAGGGUAACUACUUAUUACACAGCUCGUAAUGAUAAUGUCGAACGGGAAUUGAGAUCCUCAAGGAAUCUCAAUUUCGAUAAUCUAGAUUUUUGUUCAAGAUCUCGUCUCAAUCCAGUCUAUCUAUCCACAAACCUUGUUUAUCUUUUUACAUUUCCUUCUAGUACUCUAUAUAAAUUAUUUUUACUUUUUUUCAUUCACUUUAACUAUAAAUUUUGGUAUUCUGUUUACAUUUAUAAGCGGGGCAGGUGUACUAACAAAAUGUUUUUUUUCAAUAUUAGAAAUUUUCAGACAAUUUUAUUAAAAAAUCAUUUAAAAAAUCCAAGUACAAAUACAUCCAUUUGUCUAAAAAUUUAUUUCGAAAUACCCCCCCCCCCUUCCCCCUAUUAUUUUUUAGUUAAAAUGAGCAAGAAUGAGCGCUGAAAAGGGUAUAGAGUAGUAUUGAGUAUUUUUGAUUAGUCAUCAAUUUGUUGUUUUAAAUUUUCCACCUAACAGUCCCCCUUCCCCCUUCUAUACUUUCCUUGCUUAUCACUAAAAAGACAUUCAAAAAUGUGGCCACAUUUAUUUUUUUAUAAAUUAUUGCUAAUAUUUUUUUAGAUUUUAAUAAAAAUGCUUAACAGAAGUCUUCAAAUAAUGUUAUCGUUUAUAUUUAUUUUACUUGUUUUUGAGAAUGUUGUUGUGUUUGGACGUGUUGCUCAACAAAAUCCGAUUCCGCUAAUUAAUAAAAAAGAUCAGUCUUGCUCUAAAAACAUGUUUCUCUGCCCUUCUACUUUGCAAUGCAUACCCAAUUCUUGGCUAUGUGAUUCUGAAGUGGAUUGUAAAGAAGGAGAAGAUGAAAAGAAUUGCGAUGAUAAGCCAACUCAAUGUCAAGUUAACGAAUAUGCCUGUCAUACAACAGAGAAAGGAGUUAGGACUGAAACUUUAAAUCCUUGGCUAACACAUUUGGGCCCAAUUGGACUUUAUAAACAUUCUUGUAUUCCAAAAGAAUGGCGCUGCGACGGGGAACCCGACUGUCUUUAUAAGGAUGAUGAAGAGAACUGUCCAAAGAUUAAAUGUGACGAAAAUCAUUUUGAAUGCAAGGGCUUUGACAAUUUGUUAACCUCUUGCAUUCCCAAAGAGUGGGUUUGUGAUGGACAGACUGAUUGUUUGGAUAUGAAGGAUGAGGCAAACUGUACUGACACACCAAAAGAUAUUUGUGACCAUCAAACCGAAUUUAGAUGUAAUGAUGGCCAGUGUAUCUACAAACAUUGGCGUUGUGAUGGCGAUAAUGAUUGUAGGGAUCGGAGCGAUGAAACAGAUUGUAAAGAAGCAGCAUGUGAAGGCAUUGGAAAAUUCAAAUGCAAAUCAAACAAUUUUUGUAUCGAUUCAAGAUGGAGAUGUGAUGGUGAGCCUGACUGUCCUGAUCAUUCUGAUGAAGCUGAUUGCAAAUCAGACAAAUUACACCCAUAUCUUCACCCAUUAAACUGCACUGCCCAUGAAUUUAAAUGCGAAAGUGGUGUUCAAUGUAUCAGUAAAUUCUGGCUUUGCGAUGGAGAUCAUGAUUGCUUUGAUGGAAGUGAUGAAUUUAAUUGUGUUAAAAGCAAAUGUCCGGCCAAACAAAAAGUAUGCAAAGAUGGUCAAUGUAUUGACGAAAAUCUUUGGUGUGAUGGAACAGAAGAUUGUCAUGAUGGUUCUGAUGAGAAAAACUGCACUUCACCGAUUAAAUUGUCAACACAAACUUGUGACUCCAAUACAGAGUAUACCUGUCCGGAAAGUCCGACACGGUGCAUUAAAUUACAAGAUUUGUGUCGAAAGAAUUUGGAUUCAAAUGACUGCACGAAAUCUGUUUGUAAAGAGCAAAUAGUUAUUUGCAAAGAGAAUAGUAAUGCUUGUUCAUGUAGGAAUACAGGAGUUGGUACUGGGAAGAUUUGUCAUUGCAAUAGUGGUUAUCAAUUGAGUGGGGAUGUUUGCAUAGAUAUAAAUGAGUGUGAUCAAGUGGGAACUUGCGAUCAACUUUGCCGAAAUAUACCAGGUAGCUAUGAAUGUGAUUGCUAUCCAGGCUACAGACUUGCUGUUCCAACCAAAAAUAUGGACAAACCUGUCCCUCACAAGUGUCGUGCUCGGGGAUCAGAUCCUUUGUUACUUUUGUCAAAUCGUGCAGCAAUUCGUCAAUAUGACAUUGUUACGAACAAAUAUCAUCCAUUGAUAAACAAGCUUGAAUCUGCCGUAGCUCUUGAUUAUUGGCACGAUAACAAAACUUUGGUUUGGUCUGAUGUUAGCAAAGAACAGAUUGUCAUUUGCUCAGGCAUAAAUGGUUUAGGAGAUCUCGCAACCUUUGAAAGUAUUAACAAUGCCUGUAAUGGACCUAAUUUGACUAGAAUUACUGAGGAUGUAACUACUCCUGAUGGUCUCGCGAUUGAUUGGGUUCAUGGACUUAUCUUUUGGACAGAUACAGGGACUGACACUAUAAAUGUAUAUGAUUUGAAAAAGAAGAAACGGACUACAAUUAUCAACGGCCAUGGUUUGGAUGAACCUAGAGCAAUAGCCGUAGAUCCCUCUGCUGGAUUAAUUUUCUGGACGGAUUGGGGUGAAACUGCAAGAAUUGAAAGAGCUGGAAUGGAUGGAAAGAAUCGGAUGGUAAUAAUUAAAGGCAACACAAUUCGUUGGCCAAAUGGGUUGGCAAUUGAUAUUUUGGACAAGAGAAUUUAUUGGGCAGAUGCUAAAACAAAACAAAUUAGCAGCUGCGAUUAUUGGGGAAAUAAUAUACGAACAAUUUUACAUUCACAUCAAUAUUUGCGUCAUCCUUUCUCCUUGGCAGUAUUUGAAGAACGUCUUUAUUGGACUGAUUGGGAUCAAGAAGGGGUUCUUUCUGUUAACAAAUUUCAUGGAGGAGAAGUUAAAAAGUUAAUGAGUGGAGUUACUGGCCCAAUGACUGUACGUGUAUAUCAUGAACAAGCUCAGCCUAAACAUGAAAAUAAAUGUAAACUUAGCGGUUGUCAACAUAUUUGUUUACCUAAAGCUUUAUACAAAGGCGAAUCAAAAGAUCGUGAAACUCCUCUAAAAGAACUUCCAUUUUCCUGUGCUUGUGAACGUGGUUUCCAGAUUGACAUUGGAAAUUCCUCUCUCUGUGUUCCUCUCAAUCCACUUGGAAUUAUUGCUGAUGCGGCGAGUGAAUCAUUUAAACACAUUAAAGAUGAUGGAAGUAUAAGUAUGGGUACUUACUUCUUUGGAUUGUUAAUUAUUUUUGCUGCUUUUGCCUUGUUAUAUACCUAUCAACACAGACGUCCACGCCAUUUUGCUGUCCUUCAUUUCGACAACCCAAUUUAUCGACGUACUGUUGAGGCAGAUUUGGAUGCUGACUUGGAAAAUGUUCCAGAUAAUUCUAUUGGGCCAAUUUCAAUUUUGCAUAUGUCUGGAAAUUCGUCGAAUUUAAAUGAUUCCCACAAUAACCGUCAACAAUCAACAACGGCACUGGACCCUCAAUCCAAACUUGUUUUGAAAGUACCAGUUCAGAAAAGAGAGGAGGAAAGCGGUGUAAAUAUUUCUAAUUCUAUCAACAUGAACGAUUCAAGUGAAUAUGGAUAUGAGCAAUUACCUGCUCCUAAAUUUUAAGUUAAAAAAUGUUUAAAAAGUGCCUCAGUUACUGCAUUUACUCGAUUAAUUGAUCCUUCAAUUUUUUUAGAAUUUGAAUUUUUCACUUUUAAUUGUAAUGGAAAGUGUGAGAAAUACUACCUCCCAGUAAUUAAUUUAAAAAAUUAGUUGAUUAAUCGAGUAAAAAUAAGGUAAUAUUAUUUUAUGUAUUAUUUUUCGCUCCCGAGAGAUGUUCUUUUUUAUAUUUUGCACAUAUUAACUUACAAAAUUGCAAAGAAGCUUAUUCUUUUUCGGUUUUAUUUUGAAACUUUAUAAGGGGAUCAAUUAAUCAAAAAUAAUUAUUUUUUAAAGUAAAUUUAACAAAUUGAUUGAUCCCUUUUGGUUUCUCUAUAUAUUUAAAAAACAAAGAGUCCUCCUCCUCUAGUUUGCAGGGUUUUUAAUGUAUUGAAGGUUGCACCCUGAACUGUUCUAAAAACAAGUUUUGGGAAUAAUCCUUUUAGUAAAUAAUUUGUUUGGUGUGCAACACUUUGUCUUUUCUUUAUUCUAUUAUUUUCGGCAGCCUUUUCUUUGUUAUUUGCUCUUUUUCUUUUAACGGAUAUUUGAGUUUUUU